ACCGGAGCAAGUGCUUAUUUCACGAGGGAACAUGUAGAGGGGAAGCACAUAGACAGAGGCAACAGCAGCAGCAGAGACACAAGUGAAACUUUUACAUCAGCACACUUGAACCGCGCCAGGCUCAAGGGGACUGGAUUGUUUUAUGCGUGGAGAUUGCGUAUUAUUCCACGGGGAUCUAGAUAACUUGAACUGCGAGUUGCAAUUCUAUUUGAGCAUCUACAGAGAUUAUAGAGGUGGAAGGAACAUGGCGAGGGGGGUGAAGAGAGCUCACCUUGUUACUUUAUUAUUUACUUUGAUGCUCUUAUUUUGGCGGGACGUUUACGCGCAGGUGUCUUUUAACGAAAUAACCGGGUUUAGUUUGAGCCCCCCGUACUUCAACCUCGCGGAGGGGUCACGGAUAUCCGCCACCGCAACUUGCGGUGAAGAUGAAGCAGGGAGACCGAGAUCUGAUUUGUACUGUAAACUUGUCGGAGGACCUACCUUUGGACUUCCUAGUCAAACGAUACAGGGACAGUAUUGUGACAGAUGCAACUCCAACGAGCCAAACAAGGCCCACCCGGUGAGUAAUGCCAUCGAUGGCACUGAGCGCUGGUGGCAGAGUCCGCCUCUCUCCAGGGGGCCUAUGUACAACGAGGUGAACGUCACUUUGGACCUGGGACAGCUCUUCCAUGUGGCCUACAUCCUCAUCAAGUUUGCCAACGCCCCUCGACCUGACCUAUGGGUCCUGGAGCGCUCCCUGGACCAUGGGAAAACGUAUGCUCCAUGGCAGUACUUUGCUCAUUCUAAAAGGGAGUGCAUUGAGAGGUUUGGCAAAGAACCAAAUGGACGCGUAGUCCGAGAUGAUGACCAGAUCUGCACCACAGAGUACUCUAAGAUCGUUCCAUUGGAGAACGGGGAGAUUGUGGUGUCCCUGGUCAACGGUCGCCCGGGCUCUAAGAACUUCACCUAUUCUCCAGUGCUGAGAGAUUUCACCAAGGCCACCAACAUCCGCCUGCACUUCCUCAGGACCAGCACUCUGUUGGGGCACCUAAUUACCAAGGCCCAGAGGGACCCCACUGUCACACGCAGGUAUUACUACAGCAUCAAAGACAUCAGUGUCGGGGGACGUUGCGUUUGUCACGGCCAUGCGGAGGUGUGUGGGGGGAGUAACCAAGGCAAACCCAAUCGGCUGCAGUGCGAGUGCAAACACAACACCUGUGGUGAGUCAUGUGACCGCUGCUGUCCAGGGUUCAACCAGAAGCCAUGGCGUGCUGCUUCGACAGACAGUCCCAACGAGUGCCAACCCUGCCAGUGCCAUUCACAUGCCACUGAGUGUUAUUACGACCCAGAGGUGGAGCAGAGGAGAGCAAGUUUAGACACAUUCGGCAGGUAUGACGGCGGAGGAGUGUGCAUCAACUGCCAGCACAACACAGCGGGCACGAACUGUGAGCUUUGUGCGGAUGGAUUCUACAGACCCCAUGGAUCACCUCCAGAGUCUCACACUGGAUGCAUCCCCUGCCGGUGUGAUGCCAGGACUACUGCUGGUUGUGAGAUGGGGACAGGACGUUGCCACUGCCGGCCAGAAUUCACCGGAAACAACUGUGAACGCUGUGCAGACAGUUACUCCGGCUACCCACAGUGCAUCAGAUAUCCAAUCUACCAGCCCACCACCAAAUCUCCUGCGGGCCAUAUAGUAGAGCCCACUGCCUGCCCUGCUGGUUAUUUCGGAGCACCCAGCUGUCAACGGUGUGUGUGUGACCGCGGUGGAUCAGUGCUGGAGUUGUGUGAUGCGUCAGGGCGCUGCAUCUGUCGUGAUGGUGUGGAGGGUGAGAGAUGUGACCGCUGUCGACCAGGGCACCACUCAUUCCCUAACUGCCAAGAGUGUGUGUGCGACGGCAGUGGUUCGGUGCUGGAGAUGUGUGACGCAUCAGGGCGCUGCGUAUGUCGUGGAGGGGUGGAGGGCGAGAGAUGUGACCGCUGUCGACCAGGUUACCACUCCUUUCCUAACUGCCAAGUGUGCCGCUGUGACGGUGCAGGUGUGACUGACAGGGUCUGUGGGCCCAGCGGACAGUGCCGUUGCCGUGUCAACUACUUCGGAAGUCAAUGUGACCAGUGUGCCCCUGGUUACUAUGGAUACCCAGACUGUGCCUCCUGCCAGUGUUUAGGGGAGGGUUCCUAUGACUCCAUGUGUAACCAAGUAUCAGGCCAGUGUCUGUGUCGCCCUGGGGUGGUGGGACAGCAGUGUGAUCGCUGUGCCGGGUCAGGCCUCCGCUUCCCGCAGUGUUCAGCCUCCAUCACCCAGUGUAACCCAGCAGGGUCAGAGGUCAGCACAGCAGAUCCACAAACGGGUUCCUGUGGCUGCCUGCCCAACGUGGAGGGAACACUGUGUGACAGGUGUAAACCUCUCUACUGGAACCUGGCGACAGAGAACCCCAGCGGCUGUAUAGAGUGUCGCUGUGGCGUCAAAGGCACCCUGAGUGGGGUAGGAGAGUGUCAACAGAAAAGUGGCCAGUGUUACUGCAAGCCCGCCGUGUGCAGCCAUACCUGUGACACAUGCAAGGAGGGCUACUACCUGCUGCAGAAGAGGAACUAUUUUGGCUGUCAAGGCUGCCGGUGUGAUGUGGGAGGAGCCAUAGGCAGAGGGUGUGAUGAGAUGUCUGGACAGUGCCAGUGUCGGAAGAACGUAGUGGGCCGCACCUGCACUGAGCCAGCACCUAACUACUACUUCCCCAGCCUGCACCACCUGAGGUAUGAGGUGGAGGAUGGCAUCACCCCCAACGCCAGGCCCGUACGCUUCGGCUAUGACCCCCAAACGUUCCCAGGAUUCAGCUGGAGAGGUUACGCCAUCAUGUCCCCAGCGCAGCCAGAGGUGAUCCUAUCGUUAGCUGUGGGUUUCCCCGGCCCCUUCCACAUAAUGGUUCGCUACGUCACCACUACCCCCCGCAGACCCACACAGGGGCGGCGGGAUAGGGGGCGAGCUCGAGCCAGGAUCUUGGUGGUGGACGAGCCUGAUUUUCACACUUGCUGUGACUGGUCAGGUCAGAGUAAGGAAGUGGUGUUUCCUUCUAGCUCCUCCCCUGCCUACCUCACGGUCCCUGGGGACGGCUUCGCUGAGCCCUUCACACUGACCCCUGGGAAAUGGAUCAUACGCAUCCAGGCAGAGGGCCUUCUACUGGACUACUUGGUGCUGCUGCCCAGUGAUUACUACGAGGCUCCCUUCCUCCAGGAGAAGAUCGCCCAGCCCUGCACGUACACAUUCACCGCAGACAGAGACACAAACUGUCUGCUGUAUAAGCACAUGGCGAUGAACAGGUUCAGCUCUGUGCUGGGCUCUCAGGGCCAGUUCUCCAGCCAGUGGAGACGCAGGAGGAGACAGGCCCUCGUCCGCCGGCCAACUCCAGCCCACCCCGAGAUGGCCUCGCUCACCGGGAAACAGGCCCAGUUACAGCUGAGCCUGCGCGUGUCUCCACCCGGUCCCUACAUCCUGGUCCUGGAGUAUGCCAGCGAGGUAGACACGGUCCAGAACGUCAACCUCAUCAUCGCUGGCCAAUCAGAGAGUCAUAUCCAGGCCAGAGCCAACAUCUACAGCUGCCAUUACAGCUUCCUUUGUCGCAGUGUGGCGGUCGACGGAACCAAUCGCGCUGCAGUGUUCCAGUUUACCCACAAUGCCGAGCUUCUUCUACAGACCUCCACAGCCUCAAUGCUGCUGUAUAAAGUGUAUGCAGUGCCCGCGGAGGAGUUCUCCAUGGAGUACCUGGACCCCAAGGUGCUCUGCGUCUCUGUCCACGGACGCUUCACUGAGGACAGUCAGUACUGUGUUCCCAGCCAGUACGACAGGCCCUCCACAGCGCUGGUUCUGGACGCAGCUCGGGACGCACACCCCUCCUCCCCACAGGCCGUCCCCCAGCAGAGGGAGAGUGAAGAGUGGAGACGAGGACAACAGGCAGGGGGAUUCCCUUUCCCUGGAGCCCAGAGUGAAGGGGUACUACUCAAAUCUCCCCAGACAGAGAUCCGUUUCAGUGCCAGGGUGCCAGUUCCUGGCAGGUAUGUGUUUGUGGUCCACUACUGUCAAGCUGAACACACCACCUUCCCUGUGGAGGUACGGGUGGAUGCCGGACACACGUGGGCCGGCACUGUGAAUGCCUCUUUCUGCCCGGGAGUCUCCUGCUGCAGGGAGGUGGUCAUCGCUGAGAGGCGCAUCGCUCUGGACCUUCCCCAGCAAGACAUGGCCAUCUCUCUCAAGGUUCCACCCGGGAAGACCCUCACUCUGGAUUACAUCUUGGUGGUUCCUGACGAUAGCUACACCCCUGAUCUCCUGAAAGAGAAGCCGUUUGAUAAGUCAUCUGAUUUCACCAGGCAGUGUGGAGGACCAAGCUUUUCUAUCGACCCCAGAACGUCCUCCCAGUUCUGCAGAGACUCAGCCCGCUCCCUGGUAGCAGCCUAUAGUGACGGGGCCCUGCCCUGCUACUGCGACAAAUCAGGGGCCACGGUGCCCACCUGUAACCCUGUAGGGGGCCAGUGUCCCUGUAGGCCCCAUGUGAUCGGUCGGCAGUGUACACGAUGUGCCACAGGAUACUAUGGCUUCCCAUACUGUAGACCGUGUGAGUGUGGCCAGCGGCUGUGCCACGAGGUGACGGGUCAGUGUAUCUGCCCGCCCCAGACAGUGAAGCCAGUCUGUGAUGUGUGUGAGAGCCAGACGUUCAGCUACCACCCUCUAGUGGGCUGUGAGGGCUGUGACUGCUCCCCCAACGGAGUCAGGCCCAACGCAGGGAGAGACUGUGACCGUGACACGGGACAGUGCACGUGUAAGCCCAGGAUUGGUGGGCGGCAGUGUGACCGGUGUGCUGCAGGGUUCUACAGGUUCCCAGACUGUCUCCCAUGUAGCUGUAACCAGGGAGGGGUCACACCUGAUAUAUGUCACCCAGACACAGGACAGUGCCUCUGCAAGAGGAACGUGCAGGGUGCCCGCUGUGAUGCCUGUAGAGACGGGUCCUUCCACUUUGACCCCUCCCACCCCAGAGGCUGCGUCAGCUGCUUCUGCUUUGGAGCCACCGACCAGUGCCAGAGCUCUGGCAAACGCAGGGGGAAGUUUAUGGACAUGCGUGGCUGGCGUCUGGAGAGGGAUGACCAGGAGGAGGUGGCAUCAGUCCUCAACCCGUCCAGUAACACUGUGGUAGCAGACGUACAGGAGUUGCCUGGCACUACCCAGCUCCUCCACUGGGUGGCGCCACCAUCCUACCUGGUAGACCGGGUGUCGUCCUAUGGGGGCUACCUCACCUACCAGGCUAAGUCCUUUGGGAUUCCCAGUGAGGGGAUGUCGCUGAUGGACCGCAGACCUGAUGUCCUGCUCAGUGGCCAGGAGAUGACCCUGGUCCACAUGUCCCCACAUACCCCUCAUCCUGACAGACUCCACCAGAGCAGAGUCCAGCUAGUGGAGGGGAAUUGGCGUCACUCCGGCACCAACCGUCCUGUGUCCAGAGAGGAUCUGAUGGAAGUCCUGGCAGGGCUGGUUGGUCUGAGGGUGCGGGCCCUCUACUUCACCCAGAGCCAGAGACUCAGCCUGGGGGAGGUGGGCCUGGAGGAGGCCACAGACACAGGGGCCGGGGGCCCUGCCAGCACCGUGGAGGAGUGUGCCUGUUCCGCUCUCUACAGAGGAGACUCCUGCCAGAAAUGUGCUCGUGGUUACUAUAGGGACGGCAGUGGGCCCUACCUGGGUCGCUGUGUUCCCUGCUUCUGUAACGGUCUCGCCAACGAGUGUGACGACAGGACUGGGAGGUGCCUGAACUGCCAGUACAACACAGCCGGGGACAGGUGUGAGCGCUGCAAAGAGGGUUACUAUGGAGACGCUGCCCAGAGAUCAUGCCAGGUGUGCCCGUGCCCCUUUGGUGUGCCAGCUAACAGUUUUGCGGUGGGUUGCAGAGAGGUUGCUGGAGGGUUCCAGUGUGUUUGCCGACCAGGCUACGCAGGAGACAGUUGUGAACGAUGUGCCCCAGGUUACCACGGUGAUCCAUUGACAACCGGAGGAAGCUGUCGGCCUUGUGACUGUGGCGGCAACGGAAACAGCUGCGACUCCAGGACGGGUGUGUGCAAGAAUGCGUUGGAGCCGGGGGACACCAACACAGACGAGCAGUGCCAAGAGUGUGACGACUGCGCCGAGACCUUACUAAACGAUCUGGGGCGUCUGGAUGAGGAGCUGGGCAGGAUUAAGACUCAGCUGGAUAACGCCAGUAUCUCCGCCUCCUCUCAGGACCGACUCAGGAUGCUGGAGAAAGCCAUCACAGAGACCAAGAGUCUGGUGAGCAAGUUCAGUUCCAGUGUGAACAGCCAGAAGCCCAAGGUUAGCCAACUGGAGCAGGACACUCUCAGUGUCAACGAGGAUAUCAGCGCUCUGAAAGAAAAGGCAGACGACAGGGCUGUGGAUGCCCAGAAAGUGCUGGAUGAUGUGGGUAAGACCCAUCUGAGAGCUAAAGACCUGGACACUGAGGCUAGGAACCUGCUCGAGAAGAUCCUGGCCCUGCUGCUGCAGCUGAAAGAGUCUGGUUCCGGUGAUGUGGUGCCCAGUGAGAGCCUGGCUAAGAUGUUAUCCGACGCUGAACGCAUGGUGAAGGAGAUGGAGAGGAGAAACUUCAACCCCCAGAAAGACGCAGCCGACAAAGAGAGAGACGAGGCCCAGAAACUGCUGGACUACAUCAAGGCUAAUGUGACCAAGCAGUAUGAUCAGAAUGAGGCAGCAGCCAAGAGGGUGAAGGGUCUGCUGAAGGACUAUGAGGCUAAACUGAAGGACCUGGAGGAGGCUCUGAAACAGGCUGGGGACAUGGUGAAGAAAGCCAACUCUCAGAACGGACUCAACUCAGAGGCACUGAAAGACAUCCUGAAACGUAUGGAGGACCUGAAGAAGGAGAGGAAGAAGGUCCAGGACCAGAUAGCCAUGGCAGAAGAUCAGCUGAAGGACACAGAGGACCUCCUGAGAAUGCUGAAGGACAGCAAGACUGAGUAUGAACAGCUAGCUGCCCAACUGGACGGCGCCAGGACUGACCUCACCAAGAAGGUCAACGCCAUCUCCCAGGCAGCGGCCAAGGAGGACAUUGUGGAGCGAGCAGAGAGACACGCUGAGAACCUGGCCAAGCUGGCCAAGGAACUACAGGAUGCUGUAAGGGACUCGAGUGGCCGCUCUGAUGUGCGUGAUGCCAUGGACGCCAUUGAGGCCUACAAGAACAUCACAGAUGCGGUCAACGCUGCAGAGAAGGCAGCCAAGGAGGCCAAAGAUGCAGCUGACAAAGCCCUGAAGGAUGUGAAGAAAGAGGACCUGACAAAGAGAGCUAAGAAUCUGAAAGAAAGUGGGAACGACCUACUGAGGGAAGCCAAGGACGCAGAAAAAGAUCUCAAAGAGGCCUCUGAUGACCUCACAGCCCAGAAGAAGCGCCUGAAUGACGCAGAGAAUAAGAAGAAAGCAUUGGAGACGGACCUGCUGGAUGCCCAGGCUGAGCUGAACAACAUCCAGAGAGAUGAUAUAGGAGACAUGCUAGAUGAGGCGAAGAGGAAGGCAGCGGCUGCCAAUGACACGGCCAGCACCACCAUGGACAGACUGAACACCAUCAGAGAGGAAGUGGACAGGUUCAACGUCAUGCCCUCCGACUCCAACCUCGGCAGCAUCAUGGACGAUGUGGACAAGUCAGUGAAGAAUCUGUUGGACAGCAUCCCGUCUCUGCAGGAUAAGAUCUCGGAGGUGGAGGAGCUCAGCUCUCAGCUCUCCCCCGUCACCAACGUCUCUGAUAACAUCAAUAGGAUCAAGGAGCUCAUCGAGCAGGCUAGAGACGCAGCCAAUAGGAUUGUGGUUCCUAUGAAGUUCAGUGGGGAGGGCCACGUGGAGCUGCGUCCCCCGCGGGAUAUUGAAGACCUGAGGGCAUACACGUCCCUGUCCCUGUCCCUGCAGAGACCAGAGCUCCCCAGCAGCCGUGGGGACGGAGCACGCAGGCGGAGACAGGCCACCGCGGUCACAGACACGGGUGACAUGUUCGUACUCUACCUCGGCAACCAAGACUCAUCUAAAAACUUCAUCGGCAUGGCCCUGAGGAAUAACGUGCUGUUCUGUGUGUACAAUCUGGAUGGAGAAGAGUACGAGAUCAAGACAGACUACAUCACUAGGUCUCCCUCUGAGCCUUCCUUCUUUGACAAGGUGGACCUGCGCAGAAUUUACCAAGACGCAGAAGUGAACCUCACCAAGCUGUUCACAUCCAAUCAGCCGGACCCACCUCAGAUCAGCAGCAAGCAGGGAGAGCUGACCAGGAACCUUCUAAAUCUGGACCCUAGUGAGAUUGUCUUCUAUGUCGGGGGCUACCCCUCCAACUUCAGUCCUCCAGCCUCCCUCAACUACCCCAACUAUAAGGGAUGCAUCGAGCUGUCCACCUUCAAUGACAGAUUCAUCAGCCUGUACAACUUUAAGAAUGCUGUCAAGGUCAACCUGGAGACUCCAUGCAAGAGGUAUAGCCAACCAGUGGUGUUUGAGUACUUUGAGGGGACUGGUUAUGCCAAGGUGUCCACCCAAGGUGUCAAGGUGCCCACUCUCAUCCUGGGCCAGACCAUCUCCACACGCUCAGAGAAUGGGCUUUUCCUCUACAUCGGGAAUGAGGAGAACUACUACAGUGUGACGUUCGAGAGAGGCUACGUUGUCAUCCAUAGUAACCUGCUCGGAGAACCCGUACAAAGCGCUACCAAAGUCUUCCCAGUGAAUUCAGACCAAGCAGAAGUGUUGAUCAUUAUUGAGUCUCAAGGAAACCAAGAGAUGAAGAUCCGUGUAGCAGGCAAGGAGGUGGUCAAGUCUGAUGUCCAGUACACCCCAGGUGACUUCACAGAAUACUACAUCGGUGGCGUACCACCAGCCCUGAGAGAAAGACACAACAUCACCGCUCAGCCACUGAAGGCCUGCAUGAACAACAUCAAGCUCAACAGCAAGUACCCCACCUUCGAGGAAAAAGUGGGCGUCAGCCGGGGGUGUCCCACGGACUUCCUGGCGUCUCGUAAAUCAGAGUUUAACGUGGGGAGUUCUCUGUCAGCUGCUCUCGAAGGCUUCAGCCUGGCAAGGGAUGUCUCCGUCUCACUGGGAUUCAGGAGCUCUGAGAGAAAUGGGCUCCUACUGCAGCACACCAAGUCGAGCGUUGGCGCCAUCGAACUUGCCUUGGUCAACGGCUAUGUGGUCCUGACGUUCAAAGACACAGCUUGGAAAUCUUUGAAAUCAAGCAAGCAGUACCAGGACGGCAAAUGGCAUUACCUGACUGCCACCAGAAGGGUGGCUUCUCAAAGUAUCGAGCUGCGGAUAGAUGACGAGGAUGUGGGAGGGCAGAUAACCUCAAGCUCCUUCAGUUCAAACCCAGACUCUGUGUUCCUGGGGAAAGACACCUUCAAAGGCUGCAUCUCCAACCUCUACCUGAGAAGGCCUAACUUUCUGUACAGAGCAGAGGAUCUGAGUCAGUUCAGCUCUACAGGAGAUGUGCUGCUGGAUACGUGUAGCUCUGACAGACCUCCACAACUGAUGCUCGACCACAACACCUCCAGGAAGGGUGGUGGUAUGGAGAUGUCAGAGGACAGUCUCUCUGUGUGUGCACACUCUGUUCUAGUCAAACAUGCCUACCACAUUGGGGGCACUGUGAGUAGCCUGAGCUACAACCUCACUCCCCAGGUGCUCCAGCCCAGACCUCAUUUCUCCCUGGACGUUAGGACCAAGUCUGCCGAGGGGCUGCUGUUCUAUGCAGCCACCAGAGGGGGGAGCUCUCACAUGGCUCUCUACCUGUCCAAGGGCAGGAUCAGGCUGUCAGUAGGCAAGGGGAAGGAGAUCUUCAAUAGGGAGAAGUACAACGAUGGAAGAUGGCACUCGGUAAUAUUCAGCCUAGAAAAGAAGAGGUUCCGGUUGGUAGUGAACGGUAUUAGGGCUCAGGCUGGACAGCUGACCAGUGAUGAGGCCACGUCCAUGGAACUGAUCUGUCCUCUUUACCUGGGAAGUGCUCCUGAUUCCUUGUACACAGAACUUAAGUGGAAGCUCCUCCCAAAGCAAAGUGUGAUUGGCUGUGUGCGUAACUUCAAGAUGAAUGGCACUCCCAUGCCCGAGCCGACCACCAAUCAUGGUGCUGGCCCCUGCUUUGACGGACAGACACAGAGUGGGGCCUACUUCUCAGGGAGAGGGGCAUACGUCCUUAUUAAUGAUUCCUUUGUGGUGGGCUCCAGCUUUGAGGUGGUGUUUGACAUCCGUCCCAGGAGUCUGACUGGUGUUCUGCUCCAUGUGGGGGACUCCAGCAGGCCUCGCCGUGAGCCCAACACUGGACACCACCUCAGCCUCUACAUGCACAGUGGAGAGGUGGUGGCACGUGUGAACAACGGAGCUGGUGAAUUCAGUGUUUCCGUUCGGCCCAAGCAGCCCUUGUGUGAUGGAAUGUUCCACAGAGUUGCAGUAAUCAAGAGGAACAACGUUGUGGAGAUGCAUGUGGACACUGAGGGCGACCACAAAAUAGGACCUCCUUCCUCCUCCCCCACUCUGACCAAAGACCCACUUUAUGUGGGCGGCAUUCCAGAAACAUCCAUGCACCCAUCCCUCCCAGUCACAGGGUCCUUUGAGGGCUGCAUCCAGAACAUGAAGAUCAAUGAGGACCCAAUCUCCUUCGAGAGGCUCUCUGGGGUAUUCGGGCCACUCAACCUCAGAGAGUGUCCAGCUGGCUGAGUAGAAUCUACUCCAUGACCACAUCCUGGGAUCACAUCCACUCUACACUAGCCGCUGCGUGCAAUCUGUUCCAAAAACAGAGAAUGUGUGUGUAUGUGUGUGAGAGAUAGUGUUGAGUGUGUAUGUGUGAGAGAGAGAGACGUGUGUGUGCAUGCGUGGAUGUGCGUCACAAGGAUAGUAAAACGAGGACCAUUUGGACAAGUGGGGGACAUUUUGAUAGUCCCCACGAGGAAAAAUGCUAUUUUAGGCUCAGGGGUUAGGUUUAGGGUUACUAUUAGGGUUAUAAAUAAAUGUAGGGUUACGGUUAGGGUUAAGGUUAGGAGUUAGGUAUAGUUUUAGGGUUUGGAGUUAGGGUUAGAUUUAGGGGCUAAGGAAAAUAGUAUUUUGGAUGGGAAUCAAUUAUUUGUAAACGUGUGCUUUAAAAAAAAGUAAAUUUGUUGAUUGAGAGGCAUACAAAUAAGAUUAUUUCUUGAUACAUUUGAAAUUAGGUCUAAUUGUGGCCACACCCGGACUAUAUUGUGAACGACUGUUGGCGUAAUGUAUUGCUUGACUGCAGUGGGGGUGAUGACCAAAACGUAGUUUGUGAACUGCAACCCCCGAAAUUAUUUGUUCUCUAGUUUGUUAAGCAGAGGCUGUGUAGGUUUUGGUUCUACAAAGCUCUGUCCGUGAUAAAUAAGUGGCAAUGCCAGAGAAACCUGUAUUUUGAGGAUUUAUAGGUGUAACCGGUGCUGUACUGCACCGCUGUAACUCUGGUUGAUUGAGACUAUAUGUAACGGAUGUGAAACGGCUAUUUUAGUUAGCGGUGCGCGCUAAAUAGCGUUUCAAUCGGUGACGUCACUUGCUCUGAGACAUUGAAGUAGUUGUUCCCCUUGCUCUGCAAGGGCCGCGGCUUUUGUGGAGCGAUGGGUAACGAAGCUUUGAGGGUGACUGUUGUUGAUGUGUGCAGAGUGUCCCUGGUUCGCGCCCGGGUAUGGGCGAGGGGACGGUUUAAAAAUUAUAUUGAUGCUGUUGACCUGGAUCACUGGUUGCUGCGGAAAAAGGGGGAAGGUCAAAAGGGGGGUGAGUGUAACGGAUGUGAAACGGCUAUCUUAGUUAGCGGGACGGUUUAAAAAUUAUACUGUUACAUAUAGACGUGGACUUUGGAGAUCAGGUAGUUUUAAUCAAGCAGAAUUCACUCUCUGCAUCUGCAUCCAAAAGGAAAUAAAACAUUUGUAGAUCACAUAUGUUCUGAGAAUCGUCGCCUCUUUCUCUCAUAGUGCAUCACAAUGAUUUUCGAAAACAAAAAUGAGUACAGCCUCUCCUUAUUAUGCAUCAACACAUAACAUAUUUUUUACAUAGAUAAAACCACAUGCCUGCAUCCAAAGAAAAUAAAACAUUUGUAGAGCACAUAUGGUCUGCGAAUCGAAUCGUCGCCUCUUUCUACAGCAGAUGCACAAUACAAGGGACUGGGAUCAUUUGAGGAGCUAGCCAUCAUUCACACAUACAAUAGCCUGCUAAUUCCUAGUACAGACAGUUGGUGCUUGGUGGUUGGAGCAUGUCACUGAGCUGGAGGGUUGUGUACUUCUUAGGUUUUGGCGUUCCAUCAACGGGACAGUUGUAAAUCAUGUAUCAAAUCGCCGUGUAUCAUGAUCGCACAUUUAGAGAAACAACAAAUGUCGGUACAUAUAAGUGUCUUAUAUUGGCUGAAAGCUUACAUUAUUAUUAAUAUAACUGCACUGUCCAAUUUACAGUAGCUAUUACUGCGAACAAAUGCCAUGCUUUUGUUUGAGGAGAGCGAUAGGUUUGAUAAAUUCACAUCUGAAGGUGAAAUGUGUACUUACAAUUUGAAAUCUUGCUCUGAUUUAUCAUCCUAAGGGUCCCAGGGAUAACAUGAAGUGUCAUUUUCUUAGAUAAAAUUGUUAUUCAUAUCCUAGAAAGGUCCAUAUAGCACGAUCGAUUUUGUACUUCCACUCGCUCAAUUUGCAAAGAUAGGAAUCUGUGAAAAUGUAACCCUAAACGUUGUUUCAACUAGUCAAAUUACAUUUGUACGUUCGCCUCCCGGGUGGCACAGUGGUCUAGGGCACUGCAUCGCAGUGCUAGCUGUGACACUAGAGACUCUGGGUUCGCGCCCAGGCUCUGUCGCAGCCGGCUUCCGGGUUGGAUGCGCGCUGUGGUUCGGUUGUGUUUCAGAGGACGCAUGGCUUUCGACCUUUGUCUCUCCCAAGGCCGUAUGGGAGUUGUAGCGAUGAGACAAGAUAGUAACUACUAAUAAUUGGAUACCACAAAAUUGGGGAGAAAAGGGGGUAAAAUUCAAAUAAAAUAAAUUACGUUCGUAUUUAUUCCUCAGAGAUCCUAGAAUGUAACCAGACUUCACUAUAUUAUAUCCUAUAGGACACCAAAUGUGGUCAGAGAGCGAUGCCUUCAUGGUGAUGACACGGGCGGUCUUCACUUGAUUGACUUUUAAAUAAGCACCAAUCGGGGUCAAUCAAAGCUAGCUAGAUAGCCAUUGAGCUGGGCUUUAUGGGAGUAUGCGGAAACCCCGUAUCUGUUGCACAAUUUUGCUGCUCUCCUUGUGCGACAGCAAGCCUUUUCCUUUUGGACAAAAACUGCAAGAAUAUGGGGACUUAUGAAGUUAUGAAAACUGAGUGUUUUGCAAAUGGUGAACUUACAAUAUGGCUACAAAUACUGGAAAAACUAAAUCAAAGUCCAAUUAUACAGAUUUGUCGAUAUUAUUGCAGAAAAAUGUAAUAUAAAUGUAAACGUGUCCACUAUUUGCCCAAAUGUACCUGGGUGGCUUCAAACUAAAUGUAACGUAGCUUGCUCGUACUUCAAGUUAUUAGUCUAAAAUUUUGCACAUACACUGCUGCCCUCUUGUGGACACCAUCAGAAUUACAACCAGAGUGAUGGCUAGAUUUGGGACCUUUCUGUUGCAUUUCAAAGAUGGUGGUAGAAUUAUCAUUUUUUUAAACAGUUGUUUUUUUCUUUGUAUUUUCUUCUACCAGGUCUAUUGUGCUAUAUUCUCCUACAUUCAAUUCACAUUUCCACAAACUUCAAAGUGUUUCCAUUCAAAUGGUACCAAGAAUACACAUAUCCUUGCUCCAGGCAGUUAGAUUUGGGUAUGUCAUUUUAAGCGAAAAUUGAAAAAAAGGGGCUAUGCAUUAAACCUGUUGUAGGACUCUUUGCGGCCAGCAGGUCAAAUGAACGACUAAAGUGAACGAGUCACUCAGAAAUACGAAUCAUGAUUCCCGAGUCAGUAAAACGAUGCGUGCAUGUAUGUUGUGACGUACAAGCGGCACAGAUAUAAUUGUAUGUUACUCUGUAUGGAACAUGAAUAUAAAGAGAGGUGGGCUAGUCUGUAGUGUAGUAUAUUUAUUUUGUGAUAAAUGUGUUUACUAUCACCAUCUUGUUAUUGAAUAUAUUGCGAUAUUGUAAUUCUGUACCAUGGGUUAGAAAUGUCUGUUUUUCCCCAAUUAUGCUCUUCCUUUGUAUUUCCUCAUCCCCCCUCACACUUGGGCUCCCGAGUGGCACAGCGGUCUAAGGCAGUGGAUCUCAGUGCUAGAGGCGUCAUUGUAGACCCUGGUUCGAUUACAGGCUGUAUCACAACUGGCUGUUAUUGGGAGUCCCAAAAGGGCUGUGCACAAUUGGCCCAGCGUUGUCUGUGUUUGGCUGGGGUAGGAUGUCAUUGUAAAUAAGAAUUUUUAAAUAAAGGUUAAAAAAAUGUUUUUAUAAAAAUAGUAUACAAAAGCUUUCUUUAGAGUGGAUGUGGCGUUUGUUUGGCCAGUAUUGCAUCAUGGCUACCAUACAAGCUAAGCAUCUCUGCACUUUAAAAAAAUAAAUGCCAUGUUGACCAGUUUAACAACAAAAAUAUCAGUCACAACAAUUAACUCUACAUUGGUAUUACCAUUUUAAUUACCAUUCUGUGUCUCUAGCGACAUGUAACUAUGAACUCAUAUUAAAUGUUUGGGCCUACUAUAAUUACAUUGUGAUUUUUUAUGGAUCCGGAGUAGUCAAUUAUUGGUAAAAAGCUAGACAUUUUUUCUCAAUGGCCUCAAAUUAUAUUCAACUGAACUGGGACCACAGAGAAAUGUACAGAAAAUAUAUAGACCAUUUUCUCACAUACAAGUAUACUGAACAAAAAUAUAAAUGCAACAUGCAACAAUUACUGAUUUUACUGACUUACAGUUCAUAUAAGAGAAUCUGCCAGUUAAUUGAAAUAAAUCAAUUAGGCUCCGUCUAUGGAUUUCACAUGAUUGGGCAGGGGCACAGCCAUGGGUGGGCCUGGGAGGUCAUAAGCCCACUGACUGGGAAGCCAGGCCCAGCCAAUCAGAAUGAGUUUUUCCCAACAAAGGGGAUUUAUUAGAGAGAAAUAUUUUCAUCAGCCGCCCGGCUGGUCUCAGAUGAUCCCUCAGGUGAAGAAGCCGGAUGUGGAGGUCCUGGCCUGGCGUGGCUACACAGGGUCUGCGGUUGUGAGGCCGGUUGGAUGUACUGCCGAAUUCUCUUAAAACAACGUUGGAGGCGGCUUUUUGUAGAGAAAUGAACAUGAAAUGAUCUGGCAACAGUUCUAGUGGACAUUCCUGCAGUCAGCAUGCCAAUUGCACGCUCCCUCAAAGCUUAAAACAUCUGUGGCAUUGUGUUGUGUGGCAAAACUGCACAUUUUAGUCUGGCCUUUUAUUGUCCCCAGCACAAGGUGCACCUGUGUAAUGAUCAUGCUGUUUAAUCAGCUUCUUGAUAUGCCACACCUGUCAGGUGGAUGGAUUAUCUUGGCAAAGGAGAAAUGCAGGGAUGUACACAUUUGUGCACAAUAUUUUAGAGAAAUAAGCUUUUUGUGUGGAUGGAAAAUUCCUUGGAUCUUUUAUUUCAGCUCAAGAAACAUGGGACCAACACUUUACAUUGCAUUUAUAUUUUUGUUCAGUAUAGAUAUACUGUACCUCAGACUAAGCUUUGUAUAUAAUUUUGUAUCAUUCUUGAUAACCUUUUUCCAUUAUUAAACACUUUGUUGCAGAUGUUGUAUUCACUCUU